AUCGAUUCGUCUUGCGCGUCGCACUUUUUGCGCUUGACGACGACGACGACGUGCUCGCCGCGUGUGUAUCAUCCCCACUCACUAUCAAAUAGACGCAAUCCUCUGCAUUCGGCAGCCGCAGAAAACGAUUGAUAGCCGCAGCUGCUACUCACCGUAGACACCAUGCUCAGCUUGCACAGAUCGAAGAGUCGGUGAGCUAAGAUGAAAUCUCGCACAAUGCAAAAAUUGUCCACGAAGCAGCCAUGGAGUAUGGUAAAUGGUCAGGAACGAGGAAAGUGUGUCUAGCGGUUUGUCUGCUAGCUGCUCUGCUGCUCGUCGCGCUCGAGCGCUCGUGCCUUCUUCGUCCAUCCAGAUUCAAUAGCUAUUAUUACAAUCGUCUGCAACUGCAGCAAAACCAGAGACAAUCGAACGAGCCUCUAGUCCGAGAAAUACCGCUCGACAAUCCCGAGAGGAAGCUGACUCGAGUCCAGGUAGUUCCUCUCUCACCCAACAAUGAUAGCCUCAAGGACGACGCGGCAGCGUUGGAAAGGACCGAGGCCAAAUACGAGGAUCUGCUGGCUGAGCAGGAGCUCGCGGCCGCGAGGCAACUACCCAGUGCCCUGAUCAUCGGCGUGAAAAAAGGCGGCACCAGAGCACUGCUCGAGUUUCUGCGACUUCAUCCGGACGUGAAGGCAGCCGGCUCGGAGAUCCACUUCUUCGACCAUCACUACAGCAAGGGCUUUCACUGGUACAGACGCCGGAUGCCACUGACGCUUCAGGGACAAAUCACUAUGGAAAAGACUCCGUCGUACUUCGUGACGGCCGAGGCUCCGCGUCGAGUGCAGCACAUGAAUCCCGGUGCCAAGCUCGUCGUCGUCGUGCGGGACCCCGUGACCAGAGCCAUUUCCGAUUACACGCAGGUCAAGAGCAAGCGCAGCGACAUGCCCAGAUUCGAGGACAUGGCUUUUGUCAACGGGUCGCGAGUCGUCGACACGACUUGGGCUCCGCUCAGGAUAGGCGUCUACGCCAAGCAUCUCGAGCGUUGGCUCAAUUAUUUUCCCCUGUCGCAGCUGCUCUUCGUCUCGGGCGAACGUCUCAUCGCCGAUCCGGCCCUCGAGAUUACUCGAGUUCAAGACUUUCUCGGUAUCAAACGGCUCGUAUCCGAGAGACAUUUUUACUUCAACUCCACAAAGGGAUUCCCUUGCGUUUUUAGAUCAGAGGAACAUACGACUCCGCAUUGUCUCGGUAAAAACAAAGGAAGAAAUCAUCCUUUCAUCGAUCCCUCUGCCAUCCAGCGCCUUCGAGAUUUUUAUCGACCGUUCAAUCGACGUUUCUAUCAGCUGACCGGUAUCGACUUUGGUUGGCCAUAAAUUCCCAUUUCUAUACCUUUUAUUCAAUAAUCAACGAAACAUAAUGACGAAAACUUUUCUACGAUACACAGUCAAUUUCAGUGAGACUACUUUGUACGAUGAAAAAGAAAAGAGAAGAAAAUAUAUUUCGGUGCCUGCCCACGUAAUUCAAUCAAACCCUCCAUUUUGAUAUAUGUCGUAUUUUGAAUGGGACGGACAUAUCUCAAAGUAUCUCAACGAAAGUGCAAAGCUCGUCAACGAGCUUCUAGUCAUAUCAUUCGUUACAAAUAAAGAAAACCUAUGAGAAUUAGCAUAAGUACGCGCGGCUAGUCAGUAUUAUAGCAAUUUGUAGAAGAGGAUAAAAAAGUCGAUGGUUGUGAAAGUACAUCCUUAUGUUAACUCGAGUAUGUAAUUUUUUAAUUUUUGAUUUGUGAGUUGACAUAAAUAUUGUUGAUCGUUCUAGAUAAAACAUAUUUUUUAAUUCAUGUAUAUUGCAUAUAAGUUUAUUAUAAUAUAGUCGUUAUGCUGUCAUUUCUAAUAUCAUUGUUAUAAAACGUACGUAUAGAUAAAAAUGUAAUGCAUGAGAAAUCUUUUGAGACUAAAUUAGAGGUAUUAUUAUUAUAUAUUAAAUCAUAUAUUGCAUAUCGAAAAUACGACGAAGUCACGUGAUACUUCCAAAGUAAACUCAUUAAAACGAUGUGGUACGUGUAUACACACGAGACCUCCUAAUUUCAAAAAAUUGUCUAAUGCGGUAAAACAAAAGAUAAAGUGUUUUUUGACCGCAAGGUAAAUAUUGUUACGCGAUAAUUGUAAGUAUAUUUGUACUGGAUAAUACUUGAAUACAUAAAUCAAGACAUUAGAAGCAAUAAGUUAACACGAGUAUCAAUCUUUUUUGUAAAUUUGCUCAUUUUACAACUUCCGUACUUAUAAAACCUGUAAAUUCAUAUGUCUAUUCAUUAUUUGUGAUAAUUUCUAGAUUAUGCAUCUUUUUAGAUUAAAUAUAUAUGGCCUUCUCUCGGUAACAUUUAAUAGCCAAAGAAACUUUUUUCUGCGAACAUAAAAAAAACUUGUUUAUGAUGUCAUACAUGUCCCUAAAUUUUAUUAAAG